CUUGAAUUAUGAAAUGCGGGUAAAAUCCCCACACUACAAGUAGGGCUGCCCCUCUCUCAUUUUUCCUCAUCACACCUCAAAGUCUCCCUCUUUCUCUCUGUGCUGGAGAGAAAAUGGCUUCUUGCAAACAAUGGACUGUGUUUUUUAGCUUGCUGUGUUUGGCCUCUGCAACAAUGGCAGCUCCCCUGAAAACGCCGGUUGCGGUGCCGUUCGGCAGAAACUACAUGCCCACUUGGGCAUUUGAUCACAUCAAGUACUUCAAUGGAGGCAAUGAGAUCCAGUUGCAUCUCGACAAGUACACAGGUACUGGCUUCCAAUCGAAAGGAAAUUACUUGUUCGGCCACUUCCAUAUGCAAAUUAAGAUGGUUCCUGGGGACUCUGCUGGAACUGUUACUGCAUUCUAUCUGUCUUCGCAAAACAACGAGCACGACGAGAUCGAUUUCGAGUUCUUGGGGAACAGGACAGGGCAGCCCUACAUUCUGCAGACCAAUGUGUUCACAGGAGGAAAGGGGGAUAGAGAGCAGAGGAUUUUCCUCUGGUUCGAUCCCACUGCAGCUUACCACUCCUACGCUGUCCUCUGGAAUCUCUACCAGAUUGUAUUCCUCGUGGACGACGUACCAAUCAGGGUGUUCAAAAACUGCAAAGAUUUGGGUGUGAAAUUCCCAUUUAACCAGCCCAUGAAGCUCUACUCCAGCUUGUGGAACGCAGACGACUGGGCCACCAGGGGUGGGCUGGAAAAAACCGAUUGGUCUAAGGCCCCGUUCAUCGCCACGUACCGGGGUUUCCACAUCGACGGCUGCGAGGCCUCCGUCAAUGCCAAGUUCUGUGACACACAGGGUAAGAGAUGGUGGGACCAGAGGGAGUACCAAGACCUUGAUGCUCAGCAAUGGAGGAGGCUGAGGUGGGUCCGCCAGAAAUACACCAUCUACAACUACUGCACUGACCGAGCCCGAUACCCUACUAUGCCACCAGAGUGCCAGAGGGACAGAGACGUAUAAAGUUACAAACCGACCGAACUAUGAUAAUGUCGAUACCGCGCAUCACGUGACGAUGUGAUCGUCACAUUAAGAUUAUAACCGCUUUGUCUCGUUAACGAGUGCACCAAUUGAUUGGGGAAGGAGAUGACACGUGCUUAGUGUUAUUGCGUAUUCCAUUGUUUUUAAUAUCGAUUCACGCGUAUUGAAUGUAUUGUCCAUUAGCAUGUGGACUGAGUAUCCGUGUGAGAGUGUUAUUAUCGUUAAUUCAGUUGUUAUUAUAAAGUUCUAUUAAAUUAU